CUUGGAACAGCUUGAGCUAACGACGCGAACUGUCUAUGAAUUGCUGAAGAAAGUAGCUGACUUUGAACAGAGCAUAUCAGAAAAUAUUCAGGGGAAAAACAUGAGGUUGGGUACUGUGGGGUCCCAACUGAGUUCCCUUAGGCAGAAGGCUGUUGCACUUAAAAGAAUGGGAUAUAUUUAUCAGCAGAGACUUGAAAGAACAUGUUCAGACCUCCAAAAAGCUGAAGCUGAGGUGGAUCUCCUAGGAGACCAGGUGGAUACACUUUCGAAUUUCCUGGACAAAGUUUAUAUCGGUUUGGAUCACUACUCUCCAAUCUUGCAACAUUAUCCUGGAAUUAUGGAGGUCCUGAAGCUUGUUCGAAAAGAGUUGACUGGGGAAUCUUCAAGUUAAUUUGAUGGAUUGUCAGAUAAGUCGAUGCUUCAAAUAGAAGCUCAGACUGAUAAAAACACUCCACGUAUGCAUUUUAGCUACAUUAGUUCUUGUCAAAUGGGAAUGUGGACGCUGAACCGUCUACAAGAUACCAAAAUGUUCCUUUAACAGCUGUUCUCUUGGAUCUGAAAAAUAAUUUACUCCUAUGUAUGGUUGAGUUUGAGCAUUCUGUAGUAAUAUACUUCUCCUCCUUGUUUGCAGAUCCCACGCUCUGAUCUCCUUCUACAGCAUCCACCUCUUUUGUCAUUGUGGCAGUUCUGCAGCACCUCCAGUCAACAACUCGCCGUGCUGCCGCGGACAUGGAUCUUUUCUGUGGAUAGUAUGCCUUCUUUAAACGAUUAUCGCA